AAAAUCGCUUUUACUCCUCUGAUUCAUUGCAGUUGAAUCAGAGAUUAGGGGUGUUCACUGCAUGCUAAUAUUUUCCAGGCUCUGUUUUGUUUCCUGGUGACUGAAACGAAUAAAAGCAUAAGGGCAAGUGUCCUUGAGUGCCAUACUGAUGGGGAAUUACAUUCGUGAGUAAAAGGGAACUGAUUCUCUCUCAGCAACAAAGACUCGGAGCUGAUCACAAACCAUGGAUGUCUCAGACCCCGAGGACAGCAGCUACGAGGACUAUUAUAACUCAGAGGGGCUUGAGGAAAUUGGAAUCUGCAAGAAGACACACGUAAAGGAUUUCAGCCGUGUGUUUCUACCUGUGUUGUACUCCGUUACUUGUGUACUGAGCAUUAUUGCCAAUUUGACCCUUCUUACAUUGUUCAUCAAAUAUAAAACUCUGAGGAAGGUGUUGCCUCUGCACAUGGUCAUAUCGGAUAUUCUUUUCACACUGAGCCUUCCCUUCUGGGCAGUGUAUGCCAGCAGCGAGUGGAUCUUUGGUGAUCAGUGCUGUAAGGCAGUCUCAUUGGUUUACAUGGUGAGUUUGUACAGCAGCAACCUGUUUGUUGCUAGUCAGAGCUUGGAGAGAUUUAUGGAUCUCGCGUGUGUUGUUUCUACCACCAGCAUCUUUAAAAGUCCAAAGAGGAAUACGAUCAUGUGCAGUUUGGUCUGGCUUUUCUCAGUCUUGGGUGCAGCUGUUCAUGUCAGCUUCGUCGAGACUCAAAAGUUCCACGACCAGUACGUUUGCACGUAUCACUUCGACGAUAAAGUCGGCUGGAAAAUCUACACAAGAUUUCAGAUGAACAUCCUCGGGUUCGUCGUACCGUUUCUCGUGCUCCUAUUCUGCUCUGUCAGACUACCGUGUGUAGCUGAGGUGAGGAGCACGUUCAAGGUGUUUAGACACGAAGCUGGAUUCACCGUCAUCUUUUUUCUCCUCUGGUUUCCCUACAGUGUGGUCAUAUUCCUGUACGCUUUGCAAGACCUUCACGUUUUUUUGGCAUGCACCACUAACAUACACUUUGACUUUGCCAUUCAUGUGACAGAAUGUAUUGCUUUCAUGCAUGUUUUCGCCAAUCCUGUCCUGUACAUCUCCUUAAACAAAAAAGUCUGGAGACGACUCAGAAAUGCUUGUAAAACGCCAAGAGAGUAUCUGCUGGAGGAAUCCAACAGUUCAUCAGUCAUGUUAAGUCAGCGCGGAGCUAUUGAGUUGAAAGCGGUUCAGCAAUAUCAAGCUGACUUGAGCGUUAGCGCUGAACGACCUAAUAACUUCUUACCUGAGCUACUGUAGAAGCUUUGUUUCAUUUAUCGCAGCUUUUAAUAGUUAUGCCAACAAUGCUGUUUAUGUUAGCUUGGGUUUAUAUGCCAAUACAUAAUGCUUUUAGUAAAACCUAUUGAAGUUUUUCCACAAGCAAUGGCUGUUCCAUAUAAUAACCAAAAGACAAAUUCAUGCAUGUGUGAGCUUGUGUUUCCAAAAAUGAUAAAAAUGCUAUAUAUCACCAUUUUGCUGUCAAACUAAAAUGCUUCUGAAUUGACUCUGCUUUCAACAGUUCACUGAUUCUGAGUUAUCAGUUCACCCAGUGGUCUUUCCCCAACAUUCUUAUCAUAAAGAUAACGGUAGCCUUGGCCCUUCCCUCUUGCUAUCUGUUAGAACAAUUAAUCAACACUCAAUGGAUAUUUAGUCUUUUUUAUUUUAUCUUCAAGAACUUCAGAGAAAUUUGGAUAGAUGUGAUGUUUUUAUUUCAGAAUCAUAAUUCAAUUCAGAAGCAGAAAGUAUGUGCCAAGGAAUUUUUCUGAGUAGUCCAGCACACAAUAUGCACACAUUCACAUUUAAAUACAACGAGGCAUAUCUUCACUGUUGGAGACAACAACAACCAGUUUUUUAUAUUUAUUACAAUAUAUAUUAAACAGAAACAAUAACUUUUGAAACUGAAACUUUUUGAAACUUUUUUUAAUCCAAAUAAUCUUUAUGUCUUUACCAGGAUUUAUUUGAACAACAUGUAAACAUUAAAUUCCAAAUGAAAGAACCAGGCCAUUGGUAUUUUCUAUUUGAACUUUUUUAAUCCUUUCCCAGAAAGUCAGAAUGGAAGGUCAAAUUCAAUCUUUAUUUGUUGUUUAAAGGUCUUGUCUCUCAUAGUAAAACACAAACUAACUAAAAACCUGUAUCAAUGAUGCAAAGUUCAAGGCCCAUUUAAAUGAUCGCUCUCCAGCUCAAAAAAGUGAGGUUACAGUUUAUGACAGCUGUCCACCUAUGAACAUGUGUUACCCAUUUUUUAUCAGCUGUGUUGUAUCAGGACUUGUAUCAGCUGAAAAGAUAAGUCUAAAAGCCUAUAGAUGAAUACUCUAUGGUGUAUUUUUGAGGAGGUAAUAUUGAUAUUGCAACUGUUUAACAAAUGUUUUAGUUUGUAAAAACUUUAGAGAAAAGGGUUCUAAGAAAUUAUCAAGUAUUCUGAAGGUACAGUUCAAAAUCUAGCCAAGAUGACUUUCUGUGUUAAGUUGUUCUCCUUGUGUCUUUGUGGGAUUCCCCUACAAUUCAAAGAAAUGCUGCAUAAGUCAACUGGAGACAUCCAAUUGUUUCUCUCUCUCUCUCUCUCUCUCUCUCUAUCUCUCUGUGUGUGUGUGUGUGUGUGUGUGUGUGCCCUGUGGCCUCAGCAUGCAUGUGCUCAGAGAAUGAGCUGUUUUGGAGAAUGGACGGAUGUUAAAGUCAGAGUACUACAUGUGUAUCCUGUAUUCGCUGGAUUGUUUCCAUUGUAUGCUGCCUUAGUCUUCAGUUUGUAACUGCGUGACUGACCUGUAAACUGAUCCCAGCAAACCUUAAUAAAUCUUUAAAAUAUAAAA